GCCGGGUUCCAAAGGUUAAAUUGUGAGGGGAGGUCCUGGCCCUCGGACCCUCCUCCUGCUGCCCCCGAUCCGAGAGCCUCGGCCCCAGAUCCCUGCCUCGCAGUCCAUCCUGUCCCCGGUGUGAGGUGUUUGGAAACGCGAGUCCCCCACCCCCCUUGCCGCCCUAGGAUCAGUGUUUCCGGCGGCACCUGGGUCCUGUCACCAGCCUUCUCUUCUGGGGCCGGAACUAUCGUACCAGAGUCCACGUUUCCCAGCCGGCAGGGUGAGGAGAAAGCGGAGGCAAGACCGCGCUCACCACUAAGAACGCGAAGAGGGCGGGCUCUGCGCGCAGCAUUUUGGGAACGCGUGGUAUUCUGGGAGCGCGGGACCCGCCAUUGCUUGGCUCACACCUUCGUAGACGCUAAAGUUGCUGCCGCACCGGAAAGGAAGAGCAGGCCGGAGCGGAACUCUUUUCCUGCCAAGAUGUCCAUUGGUGUGCCGAUUAAAGUCCUACACGAGGCUGAGGGUCACAUCGUGACAUGUGAGACAAACACUGGCGAGGUGUAUCGUGGGAAGCUCAUUGAGGCGGAGGACAACAUGAACUGCCAGAUGUCCAACAUUACAGUCACGUACAGAGAUGGCCGAGUCGCACAGCUGGAGCAGGUGUACAUCCGUGGCAGCAAGAUCCGCUUUCUCAUUUUACCUGACAUGCUGAAAAAUGCACCCAUGUUAAAGAGCAUGAAAAAUAAAAACCAAGGCUCCGGGGCUGGCCGGGGAAAAGCUGCUAUUCUGAAGGCGCAAGUGGCUGCAAGAGGAAGAGGACGUGGAAUGGGGCGUGGAAACAUCUUCCAGAAGCGAAGAUAAAUUUAUCUGUUGAACAGAACUUUGCCAUUAUUUUUUCCUUUAGGUUGUCUGGGUUCAGGGGGUUGUAUGCUUAUGUAUAUGUUCUAGGUUUUCUUUUGACCUCUUUCUCUUUAGAUCAGGGGAAAUGUUAAACCAAAUAAAUGUGGUGAUGAUUGUU